AUGACAUCACGGGCCACGUUGGUGGUGCCUAUAAAAGGAGUGGAGCGGGCACCAAAGCUAUCAAACUAUUCCGCAUCAGGAAGUGGUGUGGUAGCUGGCCAAAAAGAAGAGCUUUGGAAGGCAUUGCGAAGAAAGGGGAGAAGAGAAGGGAGAGGUAAGGUGAUGGUGAAAGAAGAAACCAGAAAGGGCCCCUGGACGGAGCAGGAAGACCUCCAACUUGUAUGGUUUGUGGGGUUGUUUGGUGAACGACGUUGGGAUUUUUUGGCAAAGGUAUCAGGUCUCAAUAGAACAGGAAAGAGUUGCAGGCUGCGUUGGGUUAACUACCUUCACCCCGGUCUCAAACGCGGCCGCAUGACUCCUCAGGAGCAACACCUUGUGCUUGAACUCCAUGCCAAAUGGGGCAAUAGAUGGUCUCUUAUUGCUCGGAAGCUACCGGGCCGCACCGAUAAUGAGAUUAAGAACUACUGGAGGACCCAUAUGAGAAAGAAAGCACAAGAAGGGAAGAGAAGCGCAUCCUCUCUAUCGCCUUCAUCGUCGUCGUCGAGUAACCUUUCCUCCUCUCUCAGUGAUCCUCCAUUGGAAGAAAUUGACGUCGAGAAGCACGAGCGGGAUGAUAUGAUAGAAGGUACCUCUGUCAUGACCGUGACUGGAUUGGAGGAGAAUGGCGAAGGUGUGAAGGGUUAUCCCAUGGACCAGAUUUGGAAUGACAUCGCUACGUCAGAGCUGGUCAGUGACCUGAGCUUCGAGGGAUACAAGGAUGAAGCUGGCGAUUUUUCAUGCCCCCCGGUAUCCUCUCCUAUUUGGGACUACUGUUCGGACUCACUUUGGAAGAUAGAUGACGACGAGUUCAAAACGUUCGCUCCCAUGGCAGACAACACGAUCAGGGAAUCCUAGGAAGGACCACCAAGCUCACCUCUAGCUCUUUGUACCCCGGUCCGUAAUAGUAAAACGUUUAAUAGGUUAGUAUCAUCUAUCUUGUAAGAUUUUAGUAUGAUCAUAAAUAGAACCUGUUGUUGUAUGUGACAUCAUCUCAUGUGCUACUCCAUAUAUGGCAA